AUGGAUCUCGCUGAGAUCGAUGGGAUAUCGAGCAUCAAUUAUUACAUCGUGCGGAAACCUCGAUACAUGUUCAGUGAAUACAUUUGUGAGAGCAACAAGGCACAAGCAAAGAAAUUCGAGACAUUAGAGAUGGACUUUGGUAUCCCUACUCCUAUGAACGAGCUACAGGAGCGAUUCUUUACCGACCUCGUUUUUCUUUGGCGCUUCUAUGUUGAUGACCCUUCGACAUGGAGAUACGAAUCUCCUGUGUUCAGGGUAUUAUGUGUUGCUUUCCUGCGUCUUGCAGCCUGGGAUUUUGAGGUAUCUUUCGAUUACAACGUUGACCUUCCAAUCUCUUUCGCGUCAAUUCCCAUUUGGAGCUACCCCGACGCAGACGUAUAUUGGUUUCAUGGAUACCUUGUUGUUUUACAGGAUGACCUUGAAUCCAACGCCAUGAUAAAUGAAGCCGUCUCAAAAGCUAAGUCAUAUAUUGGCAACUCUAGGCUUAGCCAUGACGACGUUGGCUUAAUCGUUAUCUCACCGCGUCAUCUCGUUUUUGUGGAACUUUCUCACGAGGUUGUUCGGGCCUCUAGGAGCCUAAUACUGCUAUCCAACAAUUCAGCAACCCAAUGUUCGUCUGGGUUCCGUGCUCUAGCCCGGGUUCUAACAUCGAACUGCUGGAAGAAGUCUCACGCCCAUCGGGAGAAGUGGCCUGUCAACAUCCCGCCUGAGAUUGUUGAGAUGAUUCUUCAUGAACUGGAACCGCGAGAUGCCGUAGCAUUUUCGCAGGCAUCCCUCAUUGCUGAGCAAUGUUACUACGCUUCAGAAUCCCAAUUCGAGAACAUUGACGUGCAAACUUUUAAGUCGUCUAUACCUUGCUGCGGCAAGCGUACUGGACUGGAGACGCACGGUAUCUGUUGUUCUAAAUGCCAUGCUUGGCAACACUUGGAUUGUGUCGGUCUGGAAAGCAAAUCUUCUGUAUAUCGGUACGUUUGUUCGGACUGCCAGGAAAAAGCCGGUAUCGCACUUGAUCCUGGCGGGAUCAAUAGGUUCAGCCGUCGGAAAGUCAGGGAAGGAUGUCAGGUUAGAGACGAAGGUCUCAUUAAAUCACUUCAAUUGCGACUCUCUAAACCUUCUCAUUUACGACCGGACCUACAAUUCCUGGGAAAUCUCUUCUCAGUUGCGCCUUCGCUUAUACAGUAUACAAUCCUUUUCAAUCACUCCUUCUCUGGACUGGCUUAUGGAAUGGAAGACAGUUCCUAG